ACGCCAAGGAGCAGUAGCAGCCGACAGGGACGUCACGAGCGUCUGGUGCAUGAUGGGAUAGCUGCUUCACACUGCCAUGUUGGUGACGGAUAUCAACACCUGGGCUUGCUGAAGCUGGACCCUUCCAGUUUGCGUCAUGGACGGCUAGGCGGAAGUUGGAAGCACGUGAAGGAGGUCAUGCAGCCUGGAGGGAAAAGACUUGUCUUCGUUGAUGGUCAGAUAGCAGCCGAUGAGCACAUCAAGUCAAACAUGGCGGCUGCUGAUGUCACCAGGUCAGCUUCUGACUUGAACCGUGUCAACAUGGUCAACCACGCCCACACUGGCAGACACAGAACCAGUCUGCUGGAACAAAUUCCAGUGGCGCGGUACGAUAUGCUUGAUAUCAGACGUGGCUUGGAAAGGGAAAACUGGAACAUUGUUCGUUAGCCCAUUUGAUGGAAAACUGGAACAUUGUUCGUUAGCCCAUUUGAUGGAAAACUGGAACAUUGUUCGUUAGCCCAUUUGAUGGAAAACUGGAACAUUGUUCGUUAGCCCAUUUGAUGGAAAACUGGAACAUUGUUCGUUAGCCCAUUUGAUCCUGAGCCAUCUCGACUGGUUAUUUGCAAGCCCAUUUAUGCUUAGAUCUACUUGUCUAUUCGUUUUAUCCCAUUGAUACUUUUUCGUCUGUUCGUCAUUAGCCCAUUUUAUGUUGGCUCCAUUAAAAAAAACACCUAAAACCUGAGAUAUUGAGACAAUUUUUGUGGUAUCAGUUGAGCCACACAUUUCAUACGUUCUAAAUUUACCACCCAGCUAAAGCCGCUUUGACCUAACUAUCCCCUAGGGCUUGUGACAUUUACUUCGGACUUUAUAUCUGGCUCAAAAUAAUUUAUUUAUAGCCAGUGAUCCGAUGGUGUCGUGUAUCUUUCAUCACGUCCAACAUCAUGUUUUCAAUGGUUGUAAUACAACAGCGGCCAUCUAUAAAUAACGUCGCCCUUUUUUUGUCAGUGUUUACCCGCCUCCUCCUCCCAUCCCCCACCCCCGAGCCUGGGGCACAAGAGUGUUACGUCAUUAAUUAAAGACCCAUCUCCAAAGUGUAACAUAUUAUUCUGUUGUUAUAGUGCAAAAUGCCAUGUUAUUUUUUUUUAAAUAAUUAUUAUUUAAAACUUCAUUAAUUUUUUUUAUGCGCUCACUGUAAAGCUUUAUGUGUUUGUUGGUUUCAAUUGAGAUACACUUUCAUGAGAUACGCUUUUAUGAGAGCCUAUAAUGCCCAGUAUUAUGACUUGCUCAGAUUUUUACUGACAGUAUUACAUGUUUAAUUAUAUAAUUUUUUGCUUAAUUACACGCUUACCAGUUGGUUUUUUUUUUACUUUUUAAAAUAAUAUUUUUGUGCCUUCUACCCAUUUUAAAAUAAACAUCCUUGAAAUUUUAUUUUUAUGAUUCAAUAAAUAGAAGAAUAUCUUGUUGAGAGGCAACUAUUUUUAAAGUGUAGUAGAAUUAGUAAAAUAUUUGAUUGAGGUCUAGAUCUGUAUAGUUUUAUAAAAGUAGUGUUUCAUUCUGUUGAAAAUGUUUAGAAAGUAGUUAAUUAAACUAAUCUGCUGAAAACGUUUGGAAACUAGUUAAUUAAACUAACAAAUUAUUAUUUUAAACUUAAACUUGAUUUUUCGAUUGAUAAAUCAUGAGUACAAUAAACGAUGAUUGAUUAAUUUG